CUUUUGGUUGAUCAUUUCUCUGCAGCUGGAGCCCACAAAGCUAUAAAGCUGGAGGAAAAAAGAAGCAUCAGGGAAUUCAAGGGUACAGAUCCCAAGGAACACUCAACCUAAUACUGGCUCCUUAAGCAGGACUCACCCACCUAUUCCACCUAUACCAGGCUGGGCAGUGGAAGUGGGGGUGGCCUGAUGAAGACAAAUCAAGCCAUCCUUCUUAUCAAAGCGAUCCUCUUUACCAUAUAUGUCGAUUGUAGUCUUCACAGGCACAGAUAUCCUAUAAGGAAAAUCUUCCUUCAAAAACACUCGGGGCCGGGGAUUUAGCUCAGUGGUUCUGGCGCCUGCCUCGCAAGCGCAAGGUUCCGAGUACCAAAAACAAAAAACAAAAAACAAAAACAAACAAAAAAACCUCCUUAGUCCCAAAAUUAGAACUGCGGAAAGAAAACUCUACCCCUUACAACAGUCAACAUCACAGAAUUAAAAGUCUCUUCCAUCACAGUAGGUCACAGAAGAAAUGUCAUAUGAUGGAUGUUCUCAAAUCCCACAGUGUCACAUACCCCACAUCACAGCUGUCACCCAAAAGCUCCCGCAUCCGAGCAGGUACCCGACAAUCACACUCAUGCCUCCUCGUAGCCAUACACACACUCACACAGGCAUACAUAGAUCUGAGCUCCAGGGUCCACGAAUCCUGUGAAGUCAGGGUUGCUUUAUCACAUCGUCUCUUGGACCCAGACUCAGGUCAUCCCUUGGAGCCAGACAGACGGCGGCAAAGAUUUAAAUGUAGAAUCCGCUAUCAAAGUUCGAAAGCGGCCUGGGGGUCUGUGGGAGAUGUAGUUCAAGGAGGGAAAAGCCCGGAUGUCAAGAAGGCGCGCGUAGACCGAGGUCCAGAGGAACACGCCGCGGAGACCCCUGGGAGACAGGGACUUCUCGGGAGUGCGCAGGCGCGGAAUGCCGGCCAGUGCCCGAAGGUGACUAAUCUCCAGUUCAAAUGGAUUAGGAGCUGGGAAAGAAGAAAAGUCAGAAGUUAGGGACAAGAGGAGGCCAACUAUAAUUUAGUGAAAGUCAUCUCUUAUCUUCUGAGAGAACCUGCUUCUGUCAACUUCCAGAUACACAGCCUCUUUUCCACCUGCUGCCUCAGUGCUUCCUCCAAGCAUGCAGUGGCCCACUUGCUCUGGUGAAUCUUGAUGGCCCAGUCAGUCUUCUUGGAUAGGAUCCAUAACAACCCAGAUAGUCUCCAUCCAUGGGGUCCUCAUCUAGGUUUAAGGAACUGCCCCUUUUCUAAAGAGAAGCCCAGAGGAAAGACUGGUCAUCUCUUCCAAAUCUCAGAACCAUGGCUCAGGGAUCAGUAUCAUUCAAAGAUGUGACUGUGGACUUUAGUUGGGAGGAAUGGCAGCACCUAGAUUCUGCUCAGAAGACUCUGUACAUGGAUGUGAUGUUGGAAAACUAUUACCACCUCAUCUCUGUGGGGUGUGAUAUGACCAAACCUGAUGUGAUCCUCAAAUUGGAACGAGGAGAAGAGCCAUGGACAUCAUUUGCAAAUCGUGCCUGCUUAAAAGAAAACUGGAAAGCUGAAGACUUUUUAAUGAAAUUCAAGGAACACCAAGAUAAGUAUUCUAGAUCAGUUGUAUGCAUUAACCACAAAAAACUGAUAAAAGAGAAGAGUAAUGUAUAUGAAAAGACAUUUACCCUAGUCAAAAAGCCUGUUAAUCAAAAAAAUCUACCUCCUAAAUAUGAUGCUUAUGGAAAGACUUUGGAAAAUGUUUCAGAAUUAAUAAUCAGUAAUCUAAGCCCUGCAAGAAAAAGACUUAAUGAGUAUAAUGAAUAUGAGAAAUCAUUCCUUAAUACUAAGCAAGAAACACAUCAUCCUGAAAUCAAAUCCCAUAAUCAAAAUGGCAGGACUUCUAGUCACAAUGAUGUGAUUAUGCAGUAUCAGAAGAUGGUAACUCCAACACAGUCAUUUGCACAUAAUGAUUGUGGAAUACCAGUCCUUAAUAGGGGAGGCUUAAUUACACCUAAUAGAGUACACAGAGGGGAAAACCCAUCUGUGUAUAAUAAAAAGAGAAGAGCAACCAAUACUGAAAAAAAACAUACCUGCACUGAAUGUGGGAAAUCUUUCUGCAGGAAGUCAGUAUUGAUUCUUCAUCAGGGAAUUCACACAGAGGAAAAACCCUAUCAGUGUCAUCAGUGUGGAAAUGCAUUUAGGAGGAAGUCAUAUCUCAUUGACCAUCAAAGAACUCACACAGGAGAGAAACCCUUUGUUUGUAAUGAAUGUGGUAAAUCCUUUCGCCUAAAGACGGCCCUCACUGAUCAUCAGAGAACACAUACAGGGGAGAAGUCCUAUGAGUGUCCACAAUGUAGGAAUGCCUUCAGAUUGAAGUCACACCUCAUUCGUCAUCAGAGAACACACACUGGAGAGAAACCAUAUGUGUGUAAUGAUUGUGGGAAAUCCUUCCGCCAGAAGACAACUCUCUCUUUACAUCAAAGAAUUCAUACAGGAGAAAAACCUUAUAUUUGUAAAGAAUGUGGGAAGUCCUUUCAUCAGAAGGCAAACCUUACUGUACACCAGAGGACUCAUACAGGGGAGAAGCCUUAUAUUUGUAAUGAAUGUGGGAAAUCCUUCUCCCAGAAGACAACUCUUGCUCUUCAUGAGAAAACUCAUAACGAGGAGAAACCCUAUAUUUGUAAUGAGUGUGGAAAAUCCUUCCGCCAGAAGACAACCCUUAUAGCACAUCAGAGAACGCACACAGGAGAGAAAUCUUAUGAAUGUCCUCACUGUGGAAAGGCCUUCAGGAUGAAGGCAUACCUCAUUGAUCAUCACAGAACUCAUACUGGAGAAAAACCAUAUGAAUGUAAUGAAUGUGGGAAAUCCUUCAGUCAGAAGACAAAUCUCAAUCUACACCAGAGAAUUCAUACAGGGGAGAAACCCUACAUCUGUAAUGAAUGUGGGAAGACCUUUCGCCAGAAGGCAACCCUCACUGUACAUCAAAAAAUACACACAGGGCAGAAAUCCUAUGAGUGUCCUCAGUGUGGGAAAGCCUUUAGCAGGAAGUCGUAUCUGAUUCAUCAUCAAAGAACUCACACAGGAGAAAAACCAUAUAAAUGUAAUGAAUGUGGAAAGUGUUUCCGCCAGAAGACAAAUCUCAUUGUUCAUCAAAGAACUCACACAGGUGAAAAACCUUAUGUUUGUAAUGAAUGUGGUAAGUCCUUCAGUUAUAAAAGAAACCUGAUUGUCCAUCAGAGAACUCAUAAGGGAGAAAACUUGGAAAUAUAAUAAAUGAAGGAAUUUGUGAAGCCUUUCCAAGCUAUUGUAAUCCUUUAAUUUUAAAAAGAAACCCAUGCUUAAACAUGUUCAUGUGAUUUUAAUCACAAAUGUAAUAAUAGUUAUUAAAUUCGCACUACCUAACUACUGUUGCUGAGCAUAAGAAAAGGAUAUGAUCAUUGUUACACUUGAUCUUAGCCAAAAGGCCGAGAAGCAAUAAUAUGAUCAUUGUUAUUGAACUUAAUCAUGUAUAAAACUAAAGUUUUUAUCUGUUCCUGCUGACUCAAAUGCUUUAUUAAAAAAUAUUUAUAUAAUACACAAGUUACAAGAUUAUCAGAAUUAAGCUCUAUAAGAGAAAACAAAAGCAAUGAACUCUAACUCUCAUUGCAUUCUGUAUAAUAAACUGUAGUUACUUAUUAUUUCCCCAAA